AAGCGUGAACAUGUCUGGAAGAGGUAAAGGCGGCAAGGGACUCGGAAAAGGAGGCGCUAAACGUCACCGUAAAGUUUUGCGUGAUAAUAUCCAGGGAAUCACCAAACCCGCCAUCCGUCGUCUCGCUCGCCGUGGUGGUGUCAAGCGUAUCUCCGGUCUGAUCUAUGAGGAGACUCGCGGUGUGUUGAAGGUGUUUUUGGAGAACGUGAUCCGCGAUGCCGUUACCUACACUGAGCACGCCAAGAGAAAGACCGUCACCGCCAUGGACGUCGUGUACGCUCUGAAACGACAGGGACGCACCCUGUACGGUUUUGGAGGUUAAACAAAUGCGUGCUAGCAAACAAACCCAACGGCUCUUUUAAGAGCCACCCGCAUUUUCAGAAAAAGAACCUUUCGGGAAGAUUUUUAUGAACUACAUAAUAUCAAGACUACACAAAUAAUGUUUUGUGGUAACUCUAUUAUUGAAUUUGUUUCAGAUGCUUUCAACACAAAACAAUUUAGUCGUG